AUGUUGGAUUUGGAGAAGUUCCGAGUUCAAAAUGCUCCCUCUAAGAUCUGGUACAUUCCUAAUUUCAUAGACUCUACGGAAGAACAAGUUUAUCUAUCUUCGGUUAACGAUGCUCCAAAACCAAAAUGGGAGGUUUUAUCAAAUCGUAGACUUAUGACUUUUGGUGGGGAAGUAGCCAAGAAUGUUUUGCUACCCAUUGACGAUAUUCCAGAGGAACUCGGAUUACUUAUGAAAAAGGUGGAUCAGUUGGGGAUCAUACCAAAAGCAACAAAUCAUAUAUUAGUGAAUGAAUAUUUAGCUGGUCAAGGCAUUAUGCCUCAUACAGAUGGUCCAGCCUAUUAUCCAUUAGUUGCGACAGUUUCUUUAGGAUCCUCUAUUCUACUCGAUUUAUAUAGAAAAAUAGAUGAAAAAAAAGUUGAAUCACCAUCCGAGAGAUUCGUGGGAUCAAUGUUAUUAGAGAGAGGAAGCUUAUUUCUCAUGACAGAUGAGGCAUAUUCAGGGCAUUUGCAUGGAAUUCGUGAAGUUAAAGAAGACGUCAUCAACGAAACCGUGUUAAAUCCAGGGAAGUAUUUAGGACAAACUUUGCCAAGAGAAACGAGAGUUUCAAUAACAAUCCGUAAUAUUCCGAGAGUAUCCAAACUGGACAUUAAGACGCUUCUGUUUAAGAAGUAG